CUGACAAAUAGGGAAAUAUGCCAUUCGAAUAUGCAUGUUUUAUUAGUUGGAACAACAGCGGUGAUCAUCAGAGGAAAAAAUGGUUACUUAUUUUCUAACAUUUAUGAAUAAUUAACUGUAUUAUUACAACCUAGGUGUAAACGAAAAGUCUGCGGGUGUCGGUAAAAUCGAAGCCCUGAGCCAAGAAGAGGAGAUACCUAUGUUUCAUUUUAUACAAUGAUAAUUCACUUUGCCACCUCCCUCUGUUUCCUGCUUUAAUUCUGCAAUUUCAGCUCAAUUGUUAGUUACUUAUAAGUUGCUUUUUAAAGGGUAUUUUAUUAUCACGGGACUGGAUGGAGCCCCGGGUAGGAAAUAAGUUUCAGCUAGGCCGGAAAAUUGGAAGUGGUUCAUUUGGAGAGAUUUAUAUAGGUACCAAUAUUCAGACGAAUGAAGAGGUUGCAAUUAAGCUCGAAAAUAUCAAGACAAAGCAUCCUCAGUUGCAUUACGAGUCAAGGUCGUACAAAACACUACAAGGAGGAACUGGAAUUCCCAACCUUAAAUGGUUCGGAGUCGAGGGAGACUAUAAUGUCCUUGUUAUGGAUUUACUGGGACCUAGUCUUGAAGACCUGUUUAACUCCUGUAAUCGGAAGCUAUCUCUAAAGACCGUUCUCAUGCUGGCAGAUCAGAUGAUUAACCGGAUCGAGUUUAUUCAUUCUAAGUCUUUCCUUCAUCGGGAUAUUAAGCCCGACAACUUCCUGAUGGGCUUGGGAAGGCAUGCAAAUCAGGUCUAUAUUAUUGAUCUUGGACUUGCCAAGAAAUUCAGAGACUCCUCGACUCGUCACAUUCCAUAUAGAGAAAAUAAAAAUUUGAUUGGAACAGCCAGAUAUGCCAGCAUGAAUACUCAUCUCGGAAUUGAACAAAGUCGCAGGGACGAUUUGGAAUCACUUGGAUAUGUUCUCAUGUAUUUCUUAAGAGGAAGUCUUCCCUGGCAGGGGUUGAAUGCUGGAACAAAGAAACGGAAAUAUGAAAAAAUUAGCGAAAGGAAAGUUACAACCUCGAUUGAGGCAUUAUGUCGUGGCUAUCCUACGGAAUUCGCGUCUUACUUCCAUUAUUGUCGUUCGCUUAGGUUUGAUGAUAAACCGGAUUAUACUUAUUUAAAGAGAAUUUUCCGCGAGCUUUUCAUUCGUGAAGGUUUUCAAUGUGACUAUGUAUUUGACUGGACCAUUUUGACAUAUCAGGAGUCUCGCUCUCCCCUAGCCAAUCCUCCACUUCAAGAGCUUGGUGUAACUGCAGGAACAAGUUCAGGAAUGCUGCAUGCUAAUGUUGAUCCACAAUCAGGUGACAAUGAAAGAAAAGCCCACCGUUGUUCUUUCGCAAAGUCAACUCAUGGUAGAAAAUUUUUGAAUUCUGGAACAACACAGAAAGAUCCACUUGCUAAUGACUUAGUCAUGAGUAAAGAGUUAUCAAAUUUCAAUAUUUUCCGGUCGAAUGGAUCUUCUAUGCGACCAGUUAUCUCUAGUAAACAUGAUCCAGUGACCGCUGGGGAGGAUUCCGACCCUUCACGUGGAACUUCAGCAGUAUGUGCUGAUUACAAGUGCUCAUCUUCUAAAUUGAAUGUAAAGGAUUUCGAGUUGACCCUCGAGGGUAUUCAGAGCUUGAGUUUCCAAGUGUGACAUAUUAGAAUUUUCUCAUUCCUAGUUACUGUAAAUCUUUGGAAUGCUAUGCCUUAAAUUCAUACUACUCUGUUGGAGAUGGCUUCCAUCUUUGUUCUAAUGCUCUAUUAGAAUGACAUUAAGAAUAAGAACUAUUUCUGUUUAAAUCAAA